UGCCAUAAUAUAUACAUUUAUUCAAUAAAUACAUUUCGUUAUUAACAUCAAAAGGAAGUGAGACUUGUUUAUCAAUACCGAAAGCUCGAUCCGGAAGUGGGCGUUUAUAUAGCAUGUUGGAUGCUAUAAGUCGCUUGUUAAAACGGAGUAGGUACGAGUUGCAGCAGAGACCGUUUUAAAGACGGUGCAUUGCAGAGUACCAGGCGGGAUAGGACCGAGGAAGGAAAGGAAACGGAUCCAAACCUCGCCUUCAUUUUUGAUUCAGGAUGGGGAACAGAGAUGACGAGUAUGAUUACUUGUUCAAAGUGGUGUUGAUAGGAGACUCCGGUGUGGGGAAGAGUAACCUGUUGUCUCGUUUCACCCGGAAUGAGUUUAACCUGGAGAGUAAGAGCACCAUCGGGGUAGAGUUUGCCACCCGUAGUAUCCAGGUGGAUGGGAAGACCGUGAAGGCUCAGAUCUGGGACACAGCUGGUCAGGAGAGAUACCGGGCUAUUACAUCAGCGUAUUACCGUGGUGCCGUGGGUGCUCUUCUGGUCUAUGACAUCGCCAAGCACCUGACCUAUGAGAGCGUGGAACGUUGGCUGAAGGAGCUGAGAGACCAUGCAGACAGCAACAUCGUUAUUAUGUUGGUUGGCAACAAGAGUGACCUGCGCCACCUCAGGGCUGUGCCCACCGAUGGGGCACGGGCGUUUGCAGAGAAGAACGGUUUGUCUUUCCUGGAGACCUCAGCCCUGGACUCUACUAACGUGGAGACAUCCUUCCAGACCAUUCUGACUGAAAUCUAUCGCAUUGUGUCUCAGAAACAGAUGUCAGACCGGCAAGACAACAACAUGUCGCCUAGCAACAACGUGGUCAACAUCCAGGUGCAGCCGACGGAGAAUAAACCAAAGAUGCAAUGUUGUCAGAGCAUUUAACGGCAUCACCAGUACCACCUGCUUCCCCCUGACCCCCGACCCCAAACCCCCUGCUAAAAAGCCUGCUUUGGUCCGGUCUGUCUGAGACACAGCUGCGUGGCCAGGCUCUAGACCGAGACACAGCUGCGUGGCCAGGCUCUAGACCGAGACACAGCUGCGUGGCCAGGCUCUAGACCGAGACACAGCUGCGUGGCCAGGCUCUAGACCGAGACACAGCUGCGUGGCCAGGCUCUAGACCGAGACACAGCUGCGUGGCCAGGCUCUAGACCGAGACACAGCUGCGUGGCCAGGCUCUAGACCGAGACACAGCUGCGUGGCCAGGCUCUAGACCGAGACACAGCUGCGUGGCCAGGCUCUAGACCGAGACACAGCUGCGUGGCCAGGCUCUAGACCGAGACACAGCUGCGUGGCCAGGCUCUAGACCGAGACACAGCUGCGUGGCCAGGCUCUAGACCGAGACACAGCUGCGUGGCCAGGCUCUAGACCGAGACACAGCUGCGUGGCCAGGCUCUAGACCGAGACACAGCUGCGUGGCCAGGCUCUAGACCGAGACACAGCUGCGUGGCCAGGCUCUAGACCGAGACACAGCUGCGUGGCCAG